AUGUCUUUCCCGCUCGACUUCACGCCGGAGACGAAUCUGUCUGUGCUGCAGAGAGACGCGCGCGCCUUCUUCGCCGUCCAGGGGGCGCUGCUCACCGACCCGCUCGUCGUCGCCAUGUACUACCUCACGCUGACGCUAGGCGUCAUCGCGAUCGGCUGCAACCUCGUCGUCGCCGUCUCAUUGGCGACACGCAUCCGCGAGUUGCAGCCGUCGCUGCUCUUCAUCAUCAGCCUGGCGAUGGGCGACGUCGUCAACGGCGUCAGCGCCCUUUAUCACUUCCUGCUCGUCUACGCCGAGGUGGCGCCACGGUGCACACGCACGUGUCUGGCUCGCAUCGGCAUCCAGGUGCUUGCCUUCAAGGUCGUCUCCGUCGAGGUCUUCAACAUUUCACUCGACCGCUGGGUGCGCUGCAUCGCGCCGCUCCGCUACGCCGCCAUCGUCACUCACAAGGUGGCGCUGGCGUUCGUCGCCUUCAACUGGCUGACGGCGGUGGCGUUCGCGCUCGCCGGACCGUUCACGAAGAUCCGUCGCGAGUCGGCGACGCUAGGGGGCGCCGCCGUCGACGAGUUUUAUGCGCAGUAUCGCUGCAUCGCGCCAAACUGGAGCGCGGGCACUGUGGUGGCGCUGUGUGCAUUUCUACUUUUGCCGAUCCUAACCGCUCUCGCGCUCUACAUCUACAUCUACCUGUUUGUCACCUGCCGCCGCCAGGUGGCGGUCGCCGACCAGCGACACAACCGUCGCGCGUUCGUCAGCAUUGCGCUCAUCGUCGGCGUCUUCAGCGCCACCUACCUGCCCGUGCUGCUCUACGCGGUGCUGGUCGGCUCGGGCGUCGCGCAGCGCACGUGGCACGUCGGACAGCGGUUCAGCGUCGCUGGCUUCCUGUUUCCGGUCGUCGCCAGUGCGCUGAAUCCGGUCAUCUACGUGUAUCGUUACCCGGACGCGCGCGCCUGCCUCGCCCGCGCCUUCGCGCGCGUUCGCCGCCUGCUGCCGACGACGCAGCACUGUUGCCAUGGCAACCAGGUGAUGCCCUGCAGGGAUGGCUACCCGACGAGCAAGGCGUCGGGAUCGUCGGCGCACGAUGGCGCCACUGCAGCACGCGGAGGUAGUGAGUCGUCGCGAGGUGGCGCCACUGCUGAAACUCGUGCAGAGAUGCCAGAGGACAGCCUUGCCAUCGAGCUGGCGCCAGGUGGCGCUCGUGCAUCGUCUAGUGAAUCGCCAGGAGGUGGCGCUGACGGUUGCAGUCAGGAUGAACGGCCGCUAGGUGGAGAACAGGAUGCGGAUUCAGUAAGACAAGAUGAAAUGAUGCUCUAA